CCUCAGUCCUCAUCACUCACCAGCAGUCAGCAGCUUGCGAACGAAAACAAACCUUCAUUUUCCAUCCAUAACGUUUUGCUCUUUCCGACGAUGCCAGGUUUGACGAUCGGCGACACCCUUCCAGACCUGGAAGUGGAGACUACGCACGGGAGCUUCAAGCUUCACGACUUUGUGGGAAAUGAUUGGGCCAUUAUCUUCUCUCACCCAGCUGAUUUCACGCCGGUAUGCACGACGGAGUUGGGCAAAAUGGCGCUUUACGAGAAGGAAUUUAACGAGAGAGGAGUGAAACUACUGGGCGUCUCUUGCGACGACAUUCAAUCCCACAAAGACUGGAUCAAGGACAUCGAAGCCUACACUCCUGGGUGCAAGGUUAAGUACCCCAUCGUCGCUGAUCCCAAGAAAGAUAUCAUCAAGCAACUCAACAUGGUAGACCCAGAUGCCAAAGAUCCCGAUGGAAGCGAGGUCCCAUCUCGAGCUCUGCACGUCGUUGCCCCUGACAAGAAGAUUAAGCUGAGCAUCCUCUACCCAGCAACCACUGGGCGCAACAUGGAGGAAGUAUUGAGGGUGGUGGAUUCGUUGCAGAAGACGGCCAAGUACAAGGUGGCGACGCCGGUGAACUGGAAGCCUGGCGAGCCUGUCGUCAUCUCUCCUAGCGUCUCCAACGAUGAAGCCAAUGUGAUGUUCCCACAGGGCUACACGACCGUGGAUCUCCCAUCCGGAAAGGAGUACCUCCGUUUCACCAAUAUCUGAAGAAGAUCAGGAUCAAAUUAAUGGCUAUCUUCAUCUCAAUAAGGCCGGCCGGCGCCUCCGAGGCUCCAACCUAUCUUAUAUUUGAUACUUGUGUACAAGUUUGUCAUUUUGGUUUUGGGUGUGAACAUCUCGUUCACUUGCGAACGAUUAAUGGUUGUAAUCCGUUGUCUGUCGUAUAGUUGUUGUUUCGUUGUUUUUUGAGAAUUUGUCUGCAUCGAACCUGUCCGUACUUCUCCCUAAAAUAAAUUAAAGGAUAAAUUGUUAAAACC